AUGGCAAGUGAAAAAAAUAUUUUUGGUCAAACAAAUGAAUCAAACUUACAUAAGGUCAUACGCAGAGUUGAAGAAAUAUGGAAUCGUCGUUUCAUGCAUUCCAAUUGUGUUUUAAAUAAUACAAAUAAAGGACAAAUAUCAAAAAAGUCAACUAAAGAUGGAAGAAUUAUCUCAAUUAUUAAUAAAAAUAUUUAUCCUAUAAAAAAUUCCAUUAUUCCAAAAAAACGCACGUAUCGAAAAACGAAUAAAAAUGAUAAAAUUAUUCCAGAAAAAUUGAAUAUGAUGCAGCAAAGAGAAUUCGGAACACUUUUUCAGAAUGAAAAAUCUGAAAAAUAUAAAAAUGAAAUUUUAAACUCAACAGAAAAAAAAAAUAUAGCAAUUUCAAAUGACAAUCCGCUAUUAAUAUCAGCUGAUUUGUUAGAAAAGAGUUUUCAUAAGAAAAAUUUGGAACGCAAAAAAUCCGAAAUAAAAAAACAACUUUUUGAGAUAUCUUCUAAUACUACUGCUCGACCAAAUUUAAAAAGAAAUUCAUCCGAAGAAGAUGAAAAAGUCAUAAAAAAGCCAAAAGUUAGUUCUAAUCCUUUAAUCUUAAAUACGCCGAAUGUCGUAAAUUUACUUGCUCUGCCCACUAUUGAAGUAAUAAAAGUACCAGAGAAAGAAAAAGGUAAUUAGUUAUUUAAUCUAUUUAUUUUAUGUAAAAUUAAAUAAAAAAAGAUUAUUUAUUAAACAUAAUUAAUUAUAAUAAUACGAGUUAAAUUAAUAUAACUUCUGCAGAGGCGUGUCAUUAAGGGGGUCCAUGGACGUUUUAAACAAAAGUAAUUAUACGUGUUUAAUU